CGGCCAGUCUCUCACCGUUCCUUGCGAUGUUAUCAGCAAAAGCAACCCGCACAUUCAUCGCAUCCCUCCUCCUCCUCUCCACCUUCCUCCUCCUUCUCACGUUACUCUCCACCAAUCCCGACUUCGUGCCCUCAUGGACCAACUCUCGACUAUCAUUUACCACACAAACAUCCAUACCGAUGGAGACGGCACCGGAAAAGAUGCUGGUAAUCGCGCGAUACGACGAGGACGUAUCGUGGGUGCCACUGUACCUCGGCGAUUUCCCAUUCAUUAUCUACACGAAAGACGACCAUGACAGUCUUCACAACAUCGAGGGGAACUUUGGAUCGGAGAAUUCCGCUUUUCUGAAGUUCAUCAUCGAUCACUACGAUAACCUACCGGAGUAUACUCUCUUUCUCCACGCACACCGCGAAUCGUGGCAUACGGGAGGGAAGAUCGACAAAAUUAUCCGGAAUCUGGAUUGGGAUGCGAGAGGAUACUUUAAUCUCAGCCCAAGUCGGAUGCAUUGCUACUUGAGGCUCAACAUGACAGAAGACGAAGGGGACAGACACUGGGGCUGGUGCGCAACCCAGGACAAGGAAAAACUCGACGGAAACGCCUACAAGCGACAAGCGGAACUUACACGCGUGUUCUACGAGACCUACAUGUUACCCUACGUCGGAGGCUCCCUACCCCCCAUGGUUCGAGCCACCUGCGGUGCCCAAUUCCUCGCACACCGUUCCCGGAUCCUCGCACGUCCCGUCUCCUUAUACCAAGAUAUAUACGACUGGUUACGGGAUUGGCCAUAUGAUCGGUAUUGGUCUGGGCGUGUGAUGGAGUAUGCAUGGCAUGUCAUUCUCGGCGAGGAUCCAAUGGAGGAGAUCAUGAAGCGGUGCAACAUCACAGGAGGCAGACUCGGCUGCGACGAAUUUGGUAUCAAGUACUACUGAGGAAGCUUAAGCAGUGGCCAUAGCAUCGUGU